AGACGUGAAAAGCGCGAUAUCAAAACGCAAGGAUAAUAACACACGACGCGCCGCCGGGCGCAAUGGGCUGCCGCGUUUCGCCCACGAAGUGCGGUCCAUCCGCUCCACGUCGCGGUACAUCCCGCCAAGCGCUUGGGAGACGUCGCGAAGACGGGAUCAGGCCCGAGAUAUGAAAUGCUAGGAUUGUAAUCAGAAUCAGUAUAACAUGUAAACAGCGGCCCCCGCCAGACGUCUGUCUGCACACGUGUAACUUGUUGCUCUUGUUGUUGUUGUUGUAUGGUGACGAGGGGAUUGGGAUUGUAAAAUCUGCCGCGGUGUAACCAGUCGGUGUGGAGGCUGACACCACUCUUCCUGUUCUCCUAUGUUCAGCUCUAUGGAUUGUGAGAAUCCCAUACUGCUGAUGUCUGCUGAAGUCCAUACUGAAGGAACAAAUCACUUACCAGUUAACAAGGAUUUCCUCCUGUAUCCUUCAAAAUCUUUUAUACUUGCUCAUGGGCAGACAGAUGAUGAGAGCAAAGACAAGAACCUGGAAAACAUUGUUAUGGUUAGAUUGACUGGACAAUCUCUAAUUAAUAUGGAAUACUUGAAGUAUUGUACUGCCCUGAAGAUUUGCAUAAUGCCCAAGUGUAGUAUUACUGAUAUUGAUGCCCUUGCAAGUUGUCCACGUUUAUUGAAAUUGGAUCUCCAUGGAAACCAUAUUAAUCUUCUUCCAGAUCAACCAUUUUGGGCCGAAAUGAAGUGUUUGCACCUGCUAUAUCUCCAUGACAACAUCAUUAGCAGCCUGAAGAAUAUUCGCUUCCUGUCUUGCUGCCCAAACCUUAUUGCUUUAACCAUGUUUGAUACACCAUUGAGUUUAAAACGGAAAUAUCGGCAUUAUGUGGUCAACAAUAUAAUAUCUCUCAAAGCCUUGGACAAUUUUGUCAUCGCGGAUGAAGAAAUUAUUGAGGACUGGCCAAGGAAUAAUACAUUCCAAGCUUUGACACCUCGCUUCUUUGUUAAUCUUUCAAGAACUAAAAAGUGCUCAACAUUUCACGAAGAAAUGAAACAAAUUAAGAAUCUGAUUGCAACCAUCAACUGCAUUCUUGCUCAUAAUUCACCGGUACUCAUCAUUCAACGAUGGAAUCGGGGAUACUUAACAAGAAAAAUGCUAGGAAAAGUUCCUUCAAUUUCACCUGAUCGACAAAGAUUACAGUUUAUUCAAAAGCUCAGACGGGUGUACACCCAAAGAAGUCGUUCACCAGAAAAUAGGAAAACAGGAAUACAGCAUUAUAUUGAGCAGUGCAUAAAGGAAUCGUGCCUUGAAUCUUGUCCAGUGGCUUCAGAUCACUACACUGAGGAAUUCAAUAUGGCUGGACUUCAAAUAGACCGAAACAAGCUGCAGGAAGGGAUUUUAGAGGAUUUAUGUGAAGCUAAAGAUCUAACAUCUGGUACUUAUCCACACAUUGCAAAAUGGAAGAGGCGUUCCACCCUAAAACAAUCAUUUCAGGACUACAGAAUUUUAAGGAAUUGGAAAACUAAACGGCACACAUUAAAUUCACCAGAACCAGAUGUGUCUGACUUUCUGAAACUCAUUGAGGAGGAAGCGAAAGAACGGGAAGAGCUUGCCUUCCAGCAUUCCAAAUUCCAGCCUACUUUUCAAAGGCCAUAUCGUGUGAGUGAUUGGUUAUUAUCUCGCCGUAAGAUUGGCAGAGAGAUGCGUAUGGAUACUGAGCACAUCCGUUUGAUGCUCCGUAACCUACCAAAGCCAAAAUUUACUUAUCAACCACCAGUAGCUCUAGAUAGUAAAUUAUUUGCAAAAUCAUAUGGCUGUAUGAGUUUUGAACCAUUUGUGACUAUUCAGAAAGCUUACAACCUCAAGGAGAAAGCAGUGAAACAGGCUUUGAAAAAGGACUGGGUGCUGGAGGUUCGUACUGUCAACGAUGAACUAAGGAGCCAGGUUCAUCAGAAACAUUUGGAGAAAUGUAACAAUAUUUUGCUAAAGCGUAAGAAAGAACAAAUAUCAACUGAAGAUCGCUUACAACAACGUGAAAUAAAAAAUGCAGAAUCAUUAAUGGUACUUCAUCAGAGGAAGGCUGGGUUCCUUAAAGAAAAGAAUCAACGAGCUUCAGAGUAUAAGUUAGCAAAGGAUUUUAAUGCCUAUUAUUCAUCAAUGUCAAAAGCCUUCCAGAAGCAUGAAAGAUGGCUGAGAUAUGAAAAUAUCCUUCAUGACAGGAUUGACGUGGUGCAUAGCUUAAGGAAUAAAGCAGAACAACAAAGGGGAAUUAUGAAAAAAAUGUUGAAACACAAGCAGUUGUCCACUCAAGCAGAACAUACUGCAGAGCAGAUAGCCACGAGUGCUAUCCUCUUCCAAGCAGCUAAUGACAGGCUAGUGCAAGCUAAAAAGAGGGUGAGAUUCCUGAAGACGCACCAAAUUUCUAAUGAAAUUAUAAAUGCACUGGGAGACAAACAGAAUGCUACUGAAAACUAAGGUUUCAAGCAUAUUUCUUCGCCUUUACUGAUCAACUUCAGAACAAAUGUUCUAGACAUUUGACAGGGAGACAGUAUAAUCAUAUCUCCAAGUUGCAGUAUGGAGAAAAUGCUGACUUCUAUAAGAAUCAGUAAUGACAAUGUUCAUAGGAUUUUUCUAUUCCUCUUAGUAUAAAAUGGCUUGUAUGUCAUGCUUUGUACAAACUGAUGUCAGCAUUACAUCGUAUGAAUUUGAGAAUUAUAUGAUGCACCAGUUAUAACCCGACUGCAUUUAUUUAUACAGCAGAGAUUUUGUAGAUCAUUUUUAAAGAUAUGUGAACAAAAUGGCCGGUUGUCAAAACAUUCUCAAGAACCGUGGAUUUUCUGUUGAAACAAUUUUUUUUCUCUGUCAUGUUUAUUAUUUUCAAGGGACUGAAAAUAACAACUCUGCAAUAGAUUUCUUUAACCACCAUUUACACUGUUGUCAGCAAAGUGACUUUGCUCCUGGCAAUAUGGAGCAGAAAGCUGAGUUUAUACUACCUAUUCUAUUAAUGGUAAUUGGGACCAAAUACAAACUUUAGAUUAUAGUGUUCCAUUCUUCAAUGAUUAACAAGCAGAUUUAAAAGGUGGUGAGGUCAAGAGCUUGGCUCCAGUGCACUGAAUCCAUGUUUCAUCUAUUUGUUUGGCAACAGCACAGUGGCCCUUCAAAUGUAUCUCAUAAACGUGUGUCAGCCUGGUGUAGUGGUAGCACUCUCACCACUGAGUCAG